UUUUUUUUUUUUUUUUUUUUUUUUUUUUUUUUUUUUUUUUUAAUAUAUAUAUACAGCAUUACAGUCGAGACCAAAGCACUGUACAAUUCAGAUUAUAUGAUAGGAUUACAUACUAGGAAAAACAGAUCACAAUCAUCUUUCGUCCAUCACCUCGCAAUACCGCAGACACAUCUGAUACACAGCCGUCCAUCGACUUGCAAACAUAUCACAAUCUGGUGCCCAUGACAGAAGGGAGUUCAGCAGCCUUAGAGCCCGCACAGCAGGCGAGUUUUUAUGUGCUACAGUGCGUGUAAUUGGGACGGCCAAAAGCUUGUGACUUCGCGGUCGCAGGAGAUUUUUGGGCACAAAUGGAAUAGCGAGUCUAACAGUUCGUCCUACCAGUUCAGGACAGUCUGUCUCGCCACGUAAAACUCCACAUGCUGUCACCAGGAGAUUGUAAUUGCGUCUGACUGCAAGGGAAUUAAAACCUAAUGAUCCUAAUAAGUACUUGGUCGGAUAUAAGAAUGGAUAGUAAGUAUAUAGCUUCUUAUACAAGAACCUAAGAAAUGUUUUUUGCACUUUUUCUACGAGAAGGGCGUAUGUGAUUUCAGCUGGGUUCCAAACAAUACUUGCCGCCUCAAGCUUACUCCUCACAAGAGCCGUGUAGAGCAGUUUGAUGGCUCUGGGAUCGUUAAAAUCGCGCACAUUCCUGAUGACGAAACCAAGUCGCUUAUAACAAUUGGCAGCUAAUCCUUUUAUGUGGUCAUGAAAAGUAAGAGAGACGUCGAAGGUAACACCCAGGUCUUUGACAGUUGUUACACGAGCUAUGACUUCUGAACCAAGGACAUAUGAUGGAGUGCACUACAUCACAUUCAUGCCAGUCAUCCUCACCCAGGGCACAGAGGAGCAGCAUACGACGUGGCUGCCCAGGGCUUGGAACUGCAGUAUUAUUGGGAGCUACGCUCAGACGGAGCUGGGACACGGCACUUUCAUCCGCGGGCUGGAGACGACCGCCACCUACGAUCCUGACACCAAGGAGUUCGUGCUGCACAGCCCCACUCUUACUUCGUACAAAUGGUGGCCCGGCGGACUGGGCCACACCGCCAACUACUGUAUAGUGGUGGCCCAGCUGUAUACAAAAGGCCAGUGUCACGGGAUACACUCGUUCAUCGUUCAGGUCCGAGACGAGGACACGCACGUGCCUUUGCCUGGGAUUAAGGUGGGAGAUAUCGGAGCCAAGUUGGGCCUCAAUUCAGUAGACAACGGCUUCCUAGGUUUCGACCACUUGAGGAUACCAAGGGAUCACAUGCUGAUGAAGCAUGCGCAAGUUUUAGAGGAUGGAACUUACGUCAGAAACGCAAGGAACACCAAGCUAAACUACGGCGCCAUGGUGUUCGUGCGAGUGGUGAUCGUUUACGACAUGGUCAACUACCUGUCGAAGGCGGUCACCAUCGCCACACGCUACUCGGCGGUGCGGCGGCAGAGCCAGUUGAAGGAAGGAGAACCAGAGCCACAAAUCCUCGACUACGUAACGCAACAGCAUAAGAUCUUUAUCGGCAUAGCGGCAUGCCACGCGCUGAGGCUCACCGCCAACAUGUUGUGGGAGACGUUCCAUGACGUCACCGAACAGCUGGUAGACGGGAAUCUGGAGAGGCUGCCAGAGUUACACGCCUUAGCUUGCUGCCUAAAAGCCGUCAGUACAGCUGACACCAGCAUGUACGUUGAACGCUGCCGGCUCGCGUGCGGCGGACACGGCUACAUGCAGUCCUCCAACCUGCCCAUGACGUACGGGUUGGUUACUGCGGCCUGCACUUACGAGGGGGAGAACACGGUGCUACUGCUGCAAACUGCUAGGUACUUAGUGAAGACAUGGCAGACCGGAAUGGAGAAGCUGACCCCAACUCUAGCUUACUUCAAGACAGCCAGCACUCCAGGGUUCUGCGAGCGCUGGGAGAACUCCGUUGAGGGCAUCGUUCGCGGGCUACAGAAGGUGGCUAUGGGAAAAGUGGCUACAUGUGUUAAGAACUUAAAGAAACGCGUUGACUCUGGGAUGUCGCCUGAAGAUGCCUGGAACUCCACCUCGGUCCAACUUGUGUCAGCGGCAGAAGCACACUGUCGCGUGAUAAUAACGUCCACAUUCCACGACGAGAUCAAGAAACUGGACGAGAGCGUGCCUGCUGAAGUGCGUCUAGUUUUGCAACAACUAGUUGAACUGUACGCCCUCUACUGGGCAUUAGAGAAGCUCAACGAUCUGUUACUGUACACGAGUAUAUCGUCGCACGACGUGGACGAGCUGCAAUAUUGGUACGAGGAGCUCCUGGCGAAGAUACGACCCAACGCCGUGGGGCUGGUCGACGCCUUCGACAUCAUAGAUGGCAUCCUCCAAUCAACGCUGGGCGCGUACGACGGGCGCGUGUACGAGCGCCUCAUGCAGGAGGCUCUGCGCAGCCCGCUCAACGCCGAGCCCGUCAAUAAGAGCUUCCACACGCACCUCAAACCCUUCAUGCAGGGGAAACUGUGAUAUAUAUUUAUAUACUUACCUAAAUCUGAGACUGAAAAUAUUGGAAUAUUUUAUACGUUUGUAAUUUUUUUUUGGAAAUAAAGAUGCUGAUUAUAUUCUUA